AUGUAUACAUUUGGUAUAACUACAAGUCGAUGUUCUCUAUGUUAUGCUCUUUUAUCUACAAAUAUAAGUACAAAUAGCUCUUCAAUAGGUUAUUCAUCAUCUAAUAGACGACAUGGUAAUCGUUGUUCGGUAGCAUCUAUCGAACGUGUUCUUACUUCAUCAAAAAAAUUUCAAAAAUUAUGGCAUAAAAAUGAUAAUGGAAUAAUUAAUACUCGUUUAAUAUGUUUUCGAUGUUGUGAUACAAUACGACAAAUUGAACAAAUUCAAAAUCAUAUUGAACAACUUAAUAAUGAUCAAGAUAUAUUAAUGAAUAAAAUUGAACAUAAUCUUUAUAAACGUUCGCUUAUUCUUCAAGGACAAAGACAUCGAACAAAUUCUACAACUCCCUUCAUAUUAAAUCAUCAACAAAUCCCAAUAAAUGAAGAUGAUGAUACUGAAGAAGGUGAAGAAAAACCACGAACAGUAACUGUAACAAAUGGAUAUGGACAUACAUCACCUUUAGUAGUUUCAACAACAACAUUAGUUGGUGCUAAACGACGAAAAUCUAAAAUAGCACAUAGAAUUAAUACUGAAGAUAAAUCUUCAUUGCUCAAUCAUUCACGACAAUCAAAUUCACCCAUAUCUCAUCCACUGGAAAAUUUUUCUCCCACUCUUCUAUUUAGUCCUGAUUUAGCUAAACAUCAUCGAACAGGAAUAUUCUCAACUGGUCUUAAUGGUCAUGCUAAUGAUUUAGCAAAUCUUUCAUUUGGUUCAGCUUAUAAAUCUUUAACUUUACCAGCCGCAGCAGCAGCAGCAAAUACUCCACCAUUUAUUGACCCAACAACAGGCGCAUUAAUUGCAAUUGUUUCAAAUCCACAUCAUGCUGCAUUACUUGCUCAACAACAUCAACAAAUACUUAAAUCAUCAUCAUCAAUAUCUCCAUCAUCAACCAAUACAAUUGAUGAACAUGAUAUAACUGCUCCUAAAACAACAAUACCACCACAACUUCAAAAAAAAUUCCCUUGUCUUUUAUGUGGACGAGAUUUUUCAAACAAAUCAAAUUUAAAUCGUCAUCAUAGUAUUGUUCAUGUAGCUUUAAGAAAUUUUGAAUGUAUACGUUGUCCAAAAAAAUUUAAAUUAAGACAAGGACUUAAAACACAUAUGCAGCGAUGUCAUGGUGUUAAUGCAGAUGAACCAACAUUUGUUUUACAAAAACAUCAUGCACAUAAUCAUCAUCACCAUCAUCAUCAUUCAUCUUUUGCUCAAUCGAAAUAA